GAGACAGAACCGGUCCGUCAGAGGAAGAAAAGUCGAACUGGAAAAGAAUUCUGGACUGGAGCUCUGGCUGGUCUUCGGUGGUUCUCCUUUAGGUCUGCAGAGUCCGGGCUGCAGCUCCACACGAUGGGAGCCCGGGACUGAGUCCUGCUCUGGGUCCUGCUCUGGUCCUGCUCUGGUCCUGCUCUGGUUCUGCUCUGGGUUCUGCUCUGGGUUCUGCUCUGGUUCCGGAGCUCGAUGCGGCCGGCUGCGGACUGCGCACCGGGAACCAUGAACAGCGGCGGCUCGGGUAACUUUCUGCUGGUUCCGAUCCCGGAGUUUCCUCUGUUGGACUGCGUCCCCAACAAGACGGUGAAGAUCGUGGUUCUGGGAGCCAGCAACGUCGGCAAAACCGCUCUGAUCGUCCGGUUUCUCACCAAGAGGUUCAUCGGAGAUUAUGAAGCCAACACAGGAGCGCUCUACUCCAGGAAGGUGACGCUGGACGGGGAGGAGGUGUCCCUUCAGAUCCAGGACACUCCCUGCGUCGCCCUGCAGGACGACGCUGAAGGCCUCUACUGCCAGGAGCAGAUCAACAGGUCGAUCUACUGGGCUGACGGCUACGUGCUGGUCUUCUCCAUCACCGACCACAACAGCUACCGGACCAUCCAGCCGCUGUACCAACACGUCAGACGCAUCCACCCGUCCGGAAACAUCCCCGUCAUCCUGGUUGGCAACAAGAGCGACCUGCUGCGAGCCCGACAAGUGCCGGCAGACGAAGGAGAGACGUUGGCAGCGUCGCUAGGAGGCGUUUACUUCGAGGCCUCGGCCAGAGAGAACCACGAGGGAGUCCACGGCGCCUUUCUGCAUCUCUGCCAGGAGGUGAUCCGAGCGUUCGGCGGCGGUAACGGGGAGAAGCGGCGAGGAGGCCUCCACCUGGCCAGGCCCAAGUCUCCCAACAUGCAGGAGCUGAAGAGGAGGUUCAGGCAGGUCCUCUCCUCCAAAGUCAAGUCGGCCACGACCAUCUGAAGCCGGCAGGGCUCGGACAGCGGCGGCAUCCGGCCGGACUCGAGGAGCAGAAGAAGACUGACGGGAGGAGGUUCUGGAGAGUCCGAGGCGUCGCUGGACUUCUCUGGAGCGAUCAAAGCAUUUCAAAGAGCACAAAGAAUCCCGAGAAAGACAGAAACGGAGCUUUGUGGCAGCUGAACUCCUCUGGACGAGCCUCCUUCCUCCGAGGAUCCAGUCCAACCAGGUUCAAAGCAAACGAGCAGCUCGUGUGAAGGACUCGGACACGAGGACGGCUCACGUCCGGUCGAGGUCGGAUCAAUACGCCAAAACAUUACAGACUUUAGCCGCCAAGCUAGCUUCAUGUUUUACUUCCUGAUCUCCCACCUGUUACACAAAUGAAUCAAAGUCCAGUCGGUCCACAUGAGAACCACUUCAGUUUGUCUAAUAACGAAUAAACGAAACGUGAGACUGUUGCAGACACGGUGCUGUGAAGCAAAGCAGGAAAUGACCCCAAAAUAAAAGCGCUGGAGGCUUUACGCUGAGACGAACGCUGACAUUCGACAGCAGGAAGGAAAUCCAGCGCAGAAAAACAAACUCCUGGUGUGUUUAUGGAAGCCUGUGGCUGCCAACAGUAGAAUACACUCAGAAUCUAAUGUUCUUUACAAAAUACAUGAAAAACACUAUUUUAAAAGAAAAGUUUAGCAGAAGAUAAGACAGAAGUUUCACAGCACAAAUUAAAGCUAAAUGUGCAACCUACAAAAUAAAAGCUGUAAAUUAAUUUGCUCCAGAGCUUCACCUGCUAUAAAGAUGAAAACGAUAAAAGCAAAAAGCUCUUUUCAUUUUUAAAUUUGUAGGUAAGAGCAGCUUAAACUUGAAAAUGUAACUUAACAUCUGCCCUUAAAUCCAAAUGUUGUUGAUAACGUUGAAUUUUCUGAUUUUAUUGACAUAAAAAUCAUAGAUUACAUCGUUUAACGCAAACAUUAAAACCAGAUUUUAACGUUUAGAAUCAUUUCAAUAAAACAACUCAACGACAAGAGUUCACCAUGAGGCUUCUCCAGCUCAUUAUUUACAUUAAGACGCUGUUUUUUUUUUUGUAUCACAAGUUUUCUAAAAAUGUAUGUUUAACUGUGCAAGUGAUGAUCUAAUUAAAAAAAGCCCUGCACAUUUCAGAAAGUGCAGUAAAACAUACACGUGAAUGUGGACUUUGGAUGUUUUCUCGUAGUUUGUUUAAACUUUAAUUAUGUUGCGUUUGUUUAAAUAUUGGCACUCAGUGGCUUCCAUACAUCCAUAAGGCUUUGGGAAUCAGAUUUGUUUUAAACCCACAAAUCAUCACCGACGUCUCUCCGAUCUACAAACUGCCACGACUGAUUUCAGGACACGUUUCGUUUCCAAGCCGGUGAACGUUUCCGCUGCUCCUCAGCCUGAACGAGCCAAAACACCUCAAACGGAGAGUUUCUCAUUUUUAAAAGCAGGUUUUACGGUCAUGUGCUGAAACUGAGGAGGGAUUUGUGGGCCAGUCGCAGCUUCCUGGUACCGAGACGAGACGAGAUGCUAAAAGUCCUGAAGUCCAAUUAACGGCGUUAACGAAUCGAUGGAAUCAACGCGGGAAAGUACAGCCUGUGCUCUCAGAGGGACUCCAAGUUUGUAGAAGAAGGAAGCGUACGGUUGUUUGUUGUGUGUGUGUGUGUGUGUGUCCUGCUGUUCUCAUGACCUCUACUCUCACUGAAACACACACACACACACACACACACACACACACACACAAAAUUCCCAGUGAAGACAAAUUCCUCAGCAUCUGGAAUUUCUUUCUCGGUCACUGAACCGCCACUCGAACACACACACACACACACACUCUUAAAAAUUGUGUGCUGACCCUGACCCGUGACCUUUUGCCCUCCGACCCUGUAAAGGCAGCGGGGCUCCGUGGGUUCAGGAAAAAGCCGACCAAGACGAAGAUCCUGAGAUCCUGAGCGAUGAACACGAGGGCGAUGUGUUUGUGUUUGUGUGUUUUGCCAGUGUUGUGGGGACAUUCAUCUGUGGAAACUUCCCACAACGUCGAGGCGACUGUUCCCACCAGUUCAUUAAAUAAAAAGGUUUUUUAAAAAAAUCUAAUUUACAGAUUGAGACGAACCAGUUCAGUGAAACUGAUUUUUAUGGAAGACUGUGGCUGCCAGUAAAAAUAAAACCAAUCCA